AUGGCUGUGAGCAACACAAGGAUUAACAGAGCGAACUGCAUGCUGGUUAAUGGAGUCCGGUGGGGGCUAUGCGUGACGCAUGUAGUACGCGACGCGUUUGUUGAUAGACCAGAAAACAUGUCUCUGUUUCCAGCAUUUGCAGCGUCUACUUCUAGUAAUGAUAAUGCAACUCCUGUCAGAACAGGUAACUAUAUCCAGACCUGCUCUCUGGGGCUUUAUAAUGAUUUUAUAUGUGUGGUAGUAUCAUUAUAAUGGAAUAUUAUUAUACUCAUUCAUGUUACUUUGACUGCUAUAGACUGUGCUUCACAGAUUACCAGUUUUGUAAUCUUACAGAUAUGUUUAACUUUUUUUUUAUUUUUUAUAAGAUGUAAUUUCUGGUUUCACACACUUGAAUCAUGUCUUCUCAAAUAUAAUGUGUUGUGUUAAUCAACUUUAUGUCAGCAAUUAUGUAAUCACCUUAUAAUUGCUAAUUGCCUAUGUAUAUAUAUAUAUAUAUGUCUUAAAGAACAGUUUGGUUUUCCCCUUUUUUUUCUCUCUCUCUCUCUCUCUCUCUCUCUAGAAUGUAAUUCUAAGUGUAUUUUGAUAUAUAUAUAUAUAUAUAUAUAUAUAUAUAUAUAUAACAAAAUACAGUUAGAAUGAAAUUACAUAUGAAUAUAUAAUUUAUAUUAAACACACUCUGCAUUCAUUAUAUACACACUGCACAAACACUCACUGCAUUCACUAUACACACACUGCACAAACACUCACUGCAUUCACUAUACACACACUGCACAAACACUCACUGCAUUCACUAUACACACACUGCACAAACACACUCUGCAUUCACUAUACACACACUGCACAAACACACUCUGCAUUCACUAUACACACACUGCACAAACACACUCUGCAUUCACUAUACACACACUACACAAACACACUCUGCAUUCACUAUACACACACUACACAAACACACUCUGCAUUCACUAUACACACACUACACAAACACCCUCUGCAUUCACUAUACACACACUACACAAACACCCUCUGCAUUCACUAUACACACACUACACAAACACCCUCUGCAUUCACUAUACACACACUACACAAACACACUCUGCAUUCACUAUACACACACUACACAAACACACUCUGCAUUCACUAUACACACACUACACAAACACCCUCUGCAUUCAUUAUAUACACACUACACAAACACACUCUGCAUUCACUAUAUAAACACAUACACACUGCAUCCACUACACACACACAUAUAUAUUCUUGAAAACAUAAAUUCUGACUGGCAUGUAUAUUUUGUGCAUUUACCUUAAUAAAAAAAAUAAAUCAAUAAUAAACAUGUUCAGUUAACCCCUUCAGGACGGAGUUCUGAUCAAAACGUAAACAAAAACUGGAAUUUGCGCUAUUUGUCUGUUCACCCGUAAUUCACCGCUGUCACAUUAAGUGCACCCACACUUAUUAUAUAUCAUUUUGUUCAGGAGAAACAGGGCUUUAAUUUAUCAUUAACUAUUCAUAUUUGGAACAUAAUUUAUUAUGAAUAAAAUUUUAAAAAAUAAGAUUUUUUUUUUUAAAAUUUGUAUUUCCGUCUGACAUUUUAGCUGUUAAUGUCAUAAUACUGUUAGGUUUUACUGCAAAAAAAUGCACAUAUUUGUAAUCAGCAAUGUCUCACGAGUACAACAGUACCCCCUAUUAACAGGUUUUAUGGUGUUUUGAAAAGUUACUGGGUCAAAUAUAGAACGUUCCAUUUUCAAAUUGAAAUUUGCCAGGUUAGUAAUGAUACCUUUGGGACGGUGUGGUAGCCCAGGAAUGAGAAUUACCCCCAUAAUGGCAUACCAUCUGAAAAAGUAGACAACCCAAGGUAUUGAAAGUGGGGUAUGUUUAGUCUUUUUUAGUAGCCACUUAGUCACAAACACUGUCCAAAGUUAGCGUUCAUAUUUGUUUUUGUGUGAAAAAAGCAAAAAAAAUUAUAUUUGGCCAGUGUUUGUGACUAAAUGGCUACUAAGAAAGACUGGACAUACCUCACUUGCAAUACCUCGGGUUGUCUACUUUUGCAAAUGGUAUGCCAUCAUGGGGGUAAUUCUCAUUCCUGGGCUACCAUACGCUCUCAAAGGCAACAUAACCAAUCUGGCAAAUUUCAAUGUCAAAAAAAUGAAAUGCAAGCCUUAUAUGUGACUCUCUAACUUUCCAAAACACCAUAAAACCUGUACAUGGGGGGUACUGUUAUUCUCUGGAGACUUCACUAAACACAAAUAUUAGUGUUUUAAAACAUAUUACAACAAUAAUAUAGUCCAUAAAAGUGCAGUUCGUUUGUAAAAAAAAAGUCACUUUUACUUAAAAUGUUAUAGUUGUAAUACAAUUUAUCAUUUUGAAACACUAAUAUUUGAGUUCAGCGAAGUCUCCCGAGUAAAACAGUACCCCCUAUGUACAGGUUUUAUGGUGUCUUGGAGAGUUACAGGGUCAAAUAUAGUGCUUGCGAAUUUAAUUCUCUGCACUUUCUCCCUGUGUUGUCAGGCAUGUCAGUUAAAUUUUAAUUAAUCAAAUCACAUAAUUAUGUUAAAAGAUUACUUAAAUAUACACGUAGAAUUUUAAAAUAUAUGCAUUUAUAGGUAUUUAAAAUCUACGUGUAUACUAAUGUAAUCUUUUAUCUCUCUCUCUCUCUCUCUCUCUCUCUCUCUCUCUCUCUCUCUCUCUCUCUCUCUCUCUCUCUCUAUUCUAAGUGUAUUUUGUUAUAUAUAUAUAUAUAUUAUGUAUGUGUAACGUCAUUCUAAGUGUAUUUUAAUCUCUCUCUGAUAUUUUAGACAGUCCCCCUGCUGGCAGAUCCACAGCCAGCUAUAGGGGGCCAUGUGAUCGCUCUUUGAGAGCGAUCACAUGGCCCCCGGGUGCCUCAUUUGUCGGGGGAGGGCUGCCUGGGCUGUCAGGCAGCCCUCCAGAAGAGGAUCGCGGCGGAGUUGAGUAGAUCUCACCUCCUGGGGGCUUAAGCCGUUACAGCGUUCUAUGCCGCCGGGACGGCAUAGAACGUCGUAACAGCGUUAAGUGGUUAACAGUAGAUUUGUGUAGAACUAGUUUAUUUUAAAAAAAUGGUAAAUGUACAGAGUAUAGGUAAGUUAUCUCGUCUUAACUCUAGCAACUGCUAAUAAAGUCAUCUAUCUCUUUUAGUCAUUUGUUUGUAUUUUAAGGGCAACGAUAGAGUUAAAACAAAGGCAAAUUGCUUAUACUGGAAUGUUCCUACAUAUGGCGAUUUCAUAUUUAAUCAUGAUGAUUGUGCACAUAAUUGUUUUGGUGGCGUAAUGGAUUCUGGGGAACGCUUCUGUUUGGGGUUUCCUUGUGCAUGGUCCCGAGUACUUUUAUUCACCAUUUCACACAGUAUUCAGGAAUGUAAAUCCUGCGUUCUAUACACAAGAUACAUUUUUUUUUUUUUUACUCAUUCGUCAGGGCCUAGUUUACAGUUACAUCUUCCCCCAAAGAGUUACGAUAGCUGAUUUUGUUUAUUUUUAUUUUUAUUGGAAUCUCCAAACCGCCUCUCUAAAGGGGAAGUUUCAUCUUAAAUUAAAUUCGAUAUAAAUGCUGUAAAGUGCAUUUAAAUACAAAAAGUCACCCUGGGAGCAGUACGCAGCCUUGAAUUCCUGAUCCAGUUGUAUGACACACUCACACUCGCUCUCUCUCUCACACACACACUCUGACAGGCUCUCACACACACACUCUGACAGGCUCUCUCUCACACAUACACACAUACAUAAACUUUGGCAGGCUCUCACACACACACACACACCUACACUUUGGCAGGCUCUCACAGACACACACACACACACACACACACUGGCAGUCUCUCUCUUUCUCACUCACACUCACACACACACACUCUGACAGUAUAAUAGUUAUGUGCCAAAAUGUAAGGCAUGAAAUGUGCCAGUAAUUGCUGUCCUACUCGGGGAAAUCUUAGCUCAGUGGAAAGAGCUUCCAUCAGCAGAGGUUGUUGCAGAUGCCUAGUGGAAUCCAGGUAAUGUGUCAAACUGAUUAUUUACUUUGGACGGGAACCUGGGCACUCCCGAAACCAUAACCACUACAGAAUGCAUGGAGUGUAACAGAAUGCUUGCCUUUUUGACCCACGUUUUUAGUUCCUUAGAUAAUCACAGAUCCCAAAACUGUAAAAAUUGGCUUCUGUUGAAAGUGCUCUUCCUCGAUCUCUGUCUUUUAAUAAGUAAAACUAUGUAUAGGCAGUUGAGUGAGUCUGAGUUUUAUGGCUUAUUUGGUGCAAAUAGCAUUUUAUUACAGACUCCUGACAGACCGUGAGAUAACGGCAAAAACCACUGAAGGAAAUGGGGUAUGACUUUGAAGGGUUAAAUAGCACAGAAGGGGGAUAAUGACAUUUGGGACGUUGUCCUAGGCCUAAUAGAUCUGCGGUUUUUAAGAGCUUUGUGAUGUCAUAUUAUUGAUCUCUUCUUCUCCCCCUCCUACAUCUGCAGAGUUGGAUUGGCUCAGCAACAAAAGCUUCUGCACCGAGGAUGCCUUGUCACUGCACCAACGCGCACUGCAGGCUGCACUCCCCUCUCAACCUGUGACCUCCAGAUCCAGGUAGCGCACCAUUAUUGCACAAAGGAUGAACCGUGUAUGCUUUUAUGGCACCCUGCCUGAAAUAUAGCAAAGAAUGAUCAGGAGUUGUUCAGUUCAAUUUUAGUGUUUAUUCAAGUGAGGAUUUUAGGAGAUUAAACUCUUGUAAUGCUCGGCCUACACAGCAUUUCUGUUUGUCGUAUUUCAUUGGGAUUCCCAUGUUUUAUGGUCCUGGAAUUUCAGAAAAAUGGCUUGUUACAGUUUAAAAAAAAAAAAAAAAGUUAAAUGCUUGACAUGCAUAACGCUAUAUCUAUUUAUAUAUAUAUAUAUAUAUAUAUAUAUAUAUAUAUAUAUACACACACACACUAUGGACAAAAGUAUUGUGACACAGCUCUUAACUAUUUAACUCAGGUGUUUCAAUCAGACCGAUUGCCACAGGUGUAUCAGAUCAAGCACCUGGCCAUGCAGUUUGAAUUUACAAACAUUUGUGGGGAAAAAUGGGUCGUUCUGAACAGCACAGUGAAUUCAAGCAUGGUACUGGGAUAGGAUGCCACCUUUGCAAUAUGCCAGUUUGAAAUUACAUUCCUGCUAGAUAUUCUACAAUGAACUGUAAGUGGUAUUAUUGGAAAGUGGAAGCGUUUAGGAACAGCAGCAACUCAGCCACAAAGUGGAAUACUGCAUAAAGUCAAAGAGCAAGUCACUGAGUGGUAAGGCACAUUGUGUGUAAAAGUCACCAAUGCUCUGCUGAUUCCAUAGCUGAAGAGUUCCAAACUUCCACUGGCAUUAAUAUCAGCACACAAACUGUGAGUUUUGUGUGGAAGAACUUGACUGACCCACACAGAGCCCUGAGUUCAACUCCAUCAAACAACUUUGGGAUGAACUGGAGCAGAGAUUGCGAGUCAGGGCUUCUCCUCCAACAUUUGAUCCUGUCCUCACAAAUGCUCUACUAGAUGAAUGUGCACAAUUUCCACAGAAACACUCCAAGAUCUUGUGGACUGCCUUCCCAGAAGAGUGGAAUCUGUUAUAGCUGCAAUGGGGCCACAAACUACAUAUUAAUGUCUAUGUAUUUAGAAUGGAAUGUCAUAAAAGUUCCUGUUGGUGUAAUGGUCAGUUAUCCCAAUACUUUUGUCCAUAGUGUGUGUAUCGAUCGAUCUUAGAUUUAACCCCUUAAGGACACAUGAAGGAAAUAUUCCGUCAUGAUUCCCUUUUAUUCCAGAAGUUAUGUCCUUAAGGGGUUAAUUGCAUAGAUAUAUUAUUAAAUAGUCAUAUGUUCUGACUUAUUACCUGGAAUCCACUGGGCUCCUAGUGUCCCUUUAGAGUAAUCAUCCAUAUAGGGAAAAUGUAUAUAAAUGAGCAGUAAAGCUCUCUUUGAAUUUUUUGCUGGCUGUUAGGGGUUUAACCCCUUAAGGACUGCAGACGUAUGAGGUACGUCCGACAAAAAAUGGUCCUUAAUGACCGCGGACGUACCUGAUACGUCCGCAGUAAAUUUGAGCGCUGGAAGCGAUUGUGAUCGCUUCCAGCCGCUCUUAUGGUAUUACACGAUGCCUUGAUAUCGAGGCAUCGUGUAAUACCCCCCCUACACUGCCGGGUACCCGAGUGAUCGCCCCCCAGUGCGAUCACUUCCGGGUUUGCUGCACGUGGCGCCCGGCAACGUAGGGAAGAGCAUCUGAAGCCAUGCACAGGCUUCAGAUGCUCUUACCUUUACUGAGUGCCCCGAGGGGUUGAGGCACUCAGUAAUUGUUUAAAAAAAAUAAAAAUUAACCCCUCCCCAUGUACUUACCGAUCGCCGCCGUUCCCCUGCUGGCGAUCGGUCUUCUUCUUUCAGGGGACUCUCUGGACUGAGCCCAGAGAGUACCCUCUCUUUAAUUUUGGACCCCCAGGGGCCAUGUGACCACCCAUAGGUGUCCAUUGUGCUGACAGCAGGGGGGCUGCCUGAACUGACAUAUAUAUCUAUCUUAUAUAUAACGUCAUACUAAGAGUAUUUUUUUAUUAAUAUAUACAUAUAUUAACAUAAAAAUACACUUAAGAGUAAAAUUACGUGUGUGUGUGUGUGUGUAUAUAUAUAUAUAUAUACACACACACACACACACACACACACACACACACACACACACACACACACACACACACACACACACACACACACACACACACACACACACACAUUAUAAAAUAACUAUAUAUUAUGUAAUAGGAGUAGGUGAUGUGUAGAGUCCCACAAGGGGAAACCAACAUCAGGAGAGCUCCACUGUAUAAGAAAUGAGGAAGGGAGGCCCUACCUUUAAUCAAUCUAAGGAUUAAAAGGGAUAUGCAAACAAAAAGUACAACUUGGAAAAAAGGGAGAUCUACUAAACGGUGCCCAGGGGAUCAAUUGUCUGGAGUACUAGCUAGCAUCUAAGUUCCAGUUCAUGCAGCUCAUGAGCCCUUGACUUGUAUCCAGACUCCUGACCUGCACUCUGUUUACUUUAUUUCUCCAUUUUGUGCAACUAUAUAUUAUAACAAAUAAUUUUUUACAGUUUUUAAAAAUUAUGUCAUUUUAUUUUCACUGUAUUUUGAUAUUAACAUAUAUAUUUAUAUCAAAAUACACUCAGAGAGAGAGAUAUAUAUAUAUAUAUAUAUAUAUAUAUAUAUAUAUAUAUAUAUAUAUAUAUAUAUAUAUAUAUAUAUAUAUAUAUAUAUAAUUUAAUUCUAUCUAUCUAUGUAUAAUUUCCCCUUAACGACCGAGGACGAACUAGGUACGUCCGACAAAAAACGCUCGUUAAGGACGUCCGUGACAAAUAGGAACCCUGGGCCGACGAGCCGCGGCGAUCACGGUCAGGGAGGACUGCCAGAGACCCCAGGAGUCCCCCUACAGCAGCUCCGGCCACCCCGGCCCUCCAGCGCCAUGUGAUUACCAUGAUCACAUCACCGCAAUAGGACUCUAGGAGCUGACACAGGGGGACUGUCUGAGCUGUCAGGCAGUCCCCCAGGUUGCUUAAAUAAAUAUUUUUUUUAUAUAUAUAUAUAUAUAUAUAUAUAUACACAUACAUACAGGUAGUCGUCAUUUAGCGACCUACCUGUUUUACCACAGCUCGCAUUUACGACCAGGCAUAAGUGCGAGCUGUCAUGGGGAUUCCCUGCUCUGGUGCACAUGUCAUUUGUAAAACACAAAACAAAGAAAACUGCAAACUUUGACCAGCAAUUGUGCCUAAGUGGCUACUACAAAAGACUGAACAUACCCCAUUUUGAAUACCCUGGGUUGUCUACAUUUGAAAAUGGUAUGCCAUGAUGGGGUUAUUUCAUAUUCCUGGGCUACCAUAUGGUCUCAAAAGGCAACACAGGCCCAGCAAACCAAUCUAGCAAACUGAAUUGGGAAAGCCCCAUAUUGACUCUGUAACAAUCCAAAACACCAUAAAACUUGUACAUGGGUGUUAUUGUUAUACUCGGGAGAAUUUGUUGAACACAAAUAUGAGUGUUAUAAAUCAGUAAAACGUAUUCUGACGAUGAAAUCACCAGUAAAAGUGCAGUUUUUGUAUAGAAAAAAAAGGCAAAAAACUAAGAAAACUGCUAACUUUGGCCAGCGUUUGUGACGAAGUGGCUACUACAAAAGACUGGACGAUACUCCAUUUUGAAUACCCUGGGUCUACAUUUGAAAAUGGUAUGCCAUGAUGGGGUUAAUUUUCAUUCCUGGGCUGCUAUAUGGUCUCAAUGGCAAUAUAGGUCCAGCAAACCAAUCUGGCAAAUUUCAAUGUGCAAACAUGGAAAAGGGGAAAGCCCUAAAAACUGUACUUUGGGGGCACAUCAGGAGAUGUUGCUGAACACCUGUUGGGGGUUUCUUUGUCAGUAACACAUAACGGGAACUGAGAAUCCAUGCCUACAGUACAAUGUGAGAGAAAAAUGACACAAAAAAAACGACUACCCAAAAGUUUGACAAAGACUGGUGGUAGAAUUAGUGCAUGGAAAGUGUUAAAAUACCACCAUUUGAAAUAAAAAAGCAAAAAUUCACAAACUGAAUAUAAUGCUGACUGGAGACCUGCCUCUGACGAAGCUGCAUAUAUACUGCACCGAAAAGCGUGUCAGGCUCUUUCCUAUGGGUCCGUUUUAACUUGCGCACACACAUGGGCACUUCUCACUAUGUGGUACAUGUUUUUGUUAUUUAAAGGGACACUCCAGGCACCCAGACCACUUCUGCCUAUUGGAGUGGUCUGGGUGCCAACUCCCACCACCCUUAACCCUGCAAGUGUAAUUAUUGCAGUUUUCAUGUCUACUAGACAGCCACUAGAGGGCACUUCCUGAUUCAUAGCACAAGUUUUCUGUGCUAGAGCGUCGCUGGACGUCCUCACGCUGUGUGAGGACCUCCAGCGUCUCUCAAUUCCCCAUAGGAAAGCAUUGAAAAGCAUGUUCAAUGCUUCCCUAUGGAGAGCUCUAAUGCGCGUGCGCGGCAUUACCGCGCAUGCACAUUAGGUCUUCUCAGCAGGUGGCCGGGAUCAGUCUCCCCUGCCGGCUGACGUGAUGAAGGGGAGGAGCGGCGGCGACCCGAAACCACCGCCGAGGGACAUCGGCGGGGGUCUCAGGUAAGUCACUAAAGGGGUUUUCACCCCUUCAGCAACCGGGGAUUGAUGGUGGGAGGGAGAGGGCACCUGCAGUGCCAGUAAAACAGAUUGUUUUCCUGGCACUGGAGAGUCCCUAUGAGCUUUUUCUUUCAGUUUUUUUCUUCUAUGCCUAUUUAGUAAGUUUAACAGGGAGAGAGGCUUUCUUUACUUUACUUGUCCUACCUUUGAUUAUUAGUGUUGCUGAUCCUCUAGAGCAUGGGUCCUCAAACUCUGCCCCCCCAGAUGUUGCUGAACUACAACUCCCAUGAUUCUCUGUCUAUCUAUAUAAUUCAAAGAAUCAUGGGAGUUGUAGUUCAGCAACAUCUGGGGGGGCGGAGUUUGAGGACCCAUGCUCUAGACAGUAACCUUUCUCCCUUUAGCAUUUUUACCGGUGCUCAGGAAUUAAAGGGAGAUCUACUAACACCCUAUGCAUUAAAAGGCCAGGACUCAUUAAGCCUAUAUGUAUAUUGCAGAUUUGGGUGUUUAGCACUUCAUCUCCUCACUUACUUAGGCAUGGGAGUUUAUGAUUUACAUUUUUUCUUCUAUGCCAUCUAGUAAGUCCCUCAAGGAGAGAAAUGUAUUUAUUUUAAUUUAACCGUCUGUCUACGUUUGAUUAUUAGAUCAGCCAAUCUUUUAGACAGUGACCUUUCUCCCUUUGGCACUCUUUCUGGUGCUUCAGUACUAAGUGGAGAUUUACUAACACCCUAUGCAUUAAAGGGCCAGGACUAAUAAAGCCUAUAUGAAUAUUGCAGAAUUAGGUGUUUAGUAACUUUAUCCCCUAACUUAUUAGGCAUGGGAGUAGCCUUAUAAGGCUAGUUCGGUAUUUAUUAUUAUUUGGAGUCACAGUUUAUUUUUGUGUUGAUACUUUCUGUUAUUUCAGCUGUUUAGUGGUCUCCCUCUGGUUACAUUGUUCCAUACCACUGGAUGCUUUGGUGUCUACGUCUUUAUCUCCAGUCUGCAUUAUAUUCAGUUUGUGAAUUUUUGCAUAUUUUGUUUAUGUUGCUAGUAUCUAGGGUUAAGCCCUUGGGCAUUGCUGGAGUGCCCUCCUGGUGCAUGGGAUCAGUGUGGAGAUAGUGUUUAUUCCUUUUUACACCCAUUUUCACACAGAUCCCAUUUCUUUCUAUUUUUUUCUGGUCUCAAAUAAGGUCUUUUAACACCCAGAGAAUCAGACACACCUAUACAUGGGGGGUGUCACUGUACUCGGGAGAUGUUGCUGAACACAUAUUGGGGUGUUCUUUGGCAGUAACCCUUAAAGUUCUCCAUACAUGUAUUCUUAAAUUGCUACGUGUGUCAAAAAGAUCACCAAUUUUAUUUUUGUUUUGUUUAAAUUUGGCAUGGAUUGGUGGUAAAAUAGUUGCAUGAAAAGAGUCAAAUAAGUUUACUACCUUAGGUUGUCUUCUUUUUACAAAUAUAUAUAUAUAUAUUUGUUCAGGGAUUCCUGACAGAUAUCAGUGUUACAAUGUAACUUGCAUUAAUUUAGAAAAAAAUUGGUUUGAAAUAGCAAAGUGUUACUUGUACUUAUAGCCCUAUAACUGUUAACAUUGGACAUUUCUAAACUCAGGACAAAAUUUUGAAACUAUUUAGCACGGGUGUUUUUUGGCGGUUGUAGAUGCGCAACAGAUUUUGGGGGUCAAAGUUCGAAAAAUAGGUUUUUGUUCAUUUUUUCAUCAUAUUUUAUAAAAAAAUUUUAUAGUAAAUUAAAUGAUAUGAAAAUAAUGGUAUAUUUAGAAAGACCAUUUAAUGGCGAGAAAAACAGUGUAAGAGGAAACUUACAGCUAAACAUAAACACAGCAGAAAUGUAAAAAUAGCCCUGGUCCUGAACGGUAAGAAAAUUGAAAAACGGUCUGGUCAAUAAGGGGUUAACAAUAUCUUUCCAGGCUGCAAGGACCUUUUUAUUUUUAGAACCUCCAGGUAUCACUCCUACAAAGCAAGGCAGUUAUGUUUAUCUCUAGUGAACUCUACAGAACAGUCCAAUCCCGCCCGGAUCUGGAAGGGGGUAAAAACUUACCUUUUUCCAGCGCUGGGCGGGGAGCUCUCCUCCUCCGAUCCUCCUCUUCUCCUCCCCGUCAGCUGAAUGCGCACGCGCCGCAAGAGCUGCGCGCGCAUUCAGCCGGUCACAUAGGAAAGCAUUCAUAAUGCUUUCCUUUGGACGCUUGCGUGCUCUCACUGUGCUCUCACUGUGAAAAUCACAGUGAGAAGCACGCAAGCGCCUCUAGUGGCUGUCAAUGAGACAUCCACUAGAGGAAAUAGGGGAAGGCUUAACCCAUUCACAAACAUAGCAGUUUCUCUGAAACUGCUAUGUUUAUGAAAAAAUGGGUUAACCCUAGAAGGACCUGGCACCCAGACCACUUCAUUAAGCUGAAGUGGUCUGGGUGCCUAGAGUGGUCCUUUAAGGAAUAUAUAGGAAAGUUCUGUGGGAUCCUUUAAACAGCAAUUGUAUAUAAAUGCACAUAAUUGCUGGUGAUUGUAAAGUUUCUUUGUGUGCCAGCAAGUAUCCAUUCAGAUGUGUCAAAACGGAAGUCAUCUGUGUCUAUGCAAGAAAUACUUCACCAAUCUGCAGGCAGUUGUCCAAAAACCUGAUCAACAAGCAAACAUGUCAGAGACUCACGUGGAAUGGGGGAGGCACAGAAAAAAAGACUAUUUGUUGUAUCUGGGAGUUUUCCAUUUUGAAAAUUACAUACAUUAUUGUGAAUAUUGUCUUAUAUAUUAUUAUUAUGCAAAUUGUACACCCUUUUACUUUUUUUGAGAUGCAAAUAUUGGGCCUCACUAGACGGCUCAACAAAUUCCAGGUCGCCUUGGCCACCAGGAUAGCUGGCCUGAUGUUUGGGAUUUGUCAGUCCAUUCCCUCGGGAGCGAGUGGCCGGCUUCACGUACUGUAGGCCUGUGAGCUGUGAUCUUCCUGCUCUACUCCCAUUGGGAAGCUAUUACGCAUUCCCUGCAAACUGCUAUGCCAGUUAGCAUCUCAGAGAUGCAUUGAAUCAAUGCAUCUCUAUUGGGAACGUUAAGUGCCUCCAUGCAAAACGUGCAGGCGCUGAAUGUAGGUGCUGCACACUGUGCAGCACUGAGAUAGGAAGCACUUUAGUGGCCUUCUGAGUGUCAGUCACUAGAGGUAUCAUUAGGCAGCAAUGUAAACACUUCUUUUUCUCUGAAAAGGCAGUGUUUACUUUGAAAAGGGACUAGGAUUAAUCUGCAGAGGUCUUGUUGUCUGUUGUGUCCCUUUAAGAAUUGUAUUUUUGUCAUUAAAAUAAAGCUUUUGUAAGAUUUAAAAAAAAAAAUCUUUUUCAGCUGACUCCAAGAUUCUAAGCAAAUUUGUCAAGCCCUGCCUUACUAGCUGAGUUGGCGAUGUAUUUGUUUUCCCGUUGAUUUCUCUGUUCAGGGAAUUAAUCUCAAUUAAUCAACCUGUACCUCCUAGUAAACUAGUUUUAUAAACAAAUGGACACUUGCUAAGAACAAAUAACGCCUGAAAGGCACAAUCUCUGCAGUUCAUUUUCAAGUGGUUUCUGCUGAUUUUUCUGCUGUUCUUUACAGAGUGUAUGAUUUCUCCCCACAGGAGUCGGUCCCCAUCGGAGCUGUCUGAAGAUAGUCAGACUGAAUCAAAGGCAGCAGGAAAGAAGAAAAAGAAGAAAAAGAAAAAAAAAUCUAAGAAGAAAAAGAAGCACGAUGAUGAUAUCAGUAGCAGUGACAAAGAAUCCACAGAUGGGACAAGGAAGUUUACAGAUGAACGGUAAACUAUUAGAAGGGGGAGCAAUGAAUUUUAUUCAGCGAGUGGGCAGUAUAUGCAAAGAAUUAUAAGUACUUUUUUCAUGCAGAUGAUAUGGUGGUUGUGUAAUUAAAGGAACACUAUAGUAAAAAAAACAUGUAUUCCUGACGUUAUAGUGUUUAACUAUUUAGGUGACCAGCACUCCUCUGAUCGCUUUGGAAAGGCGUUUUUACACACUUGUUUUUCCAUAUCACGCCGGUCUCACCGCUGCUGGCCCUGCCUCUAUGGUUGAGCUUAUCAGUUUGAUUAUUUCAGCCAAUCCAGGAAAACAUUGGGAGGCUAUUGCGUAUGUGCAACAAAACGUGGCAUUGUGGUAAUCCGCAUUUCCUCAUAGUAAAACUUCUCCACAGGGAAUGUUCAGUGCCUCCAUGCAGAGUUUGGGGACACACUCUGCAGCACUGACCCAGGAAGCACCUGGGUGACUGCCACUAUAGGUGUACCUAGGCAGCAAUGUAAAAACUGCAUUUUCUCUGAAAUGGCAGCAUUUUCAUUGCUUAGCCUGCAGGUACAGGUUAUAGACACCAGAACCACUGCUUUAAGCUGUAGUGGUUCUGGGGAGUAUAAUGUCCCUUUAACAUAAUAUUUCCUGUAUAUGUUGUUUAGCCUUAGUUUGUCUGUGUGUAUAUUCAUUAUUGUUUUUAGAUUCAGGAUCCCCCUCUUUUUAAAAAAGGGUACUAAAAACUUACUUUUAAUCCAGCACUGAGACUGUCUCCUCCCUGUAGGUGCUCCUUUUACGUGGCACCAUUAGGUAUGAUGAUCUCUAACCAAAAUAGGCGCAUGCUUGGCAACCUCCGUUAUGUGCCAGUCUAAUGCUUCUCUUAGUAAAGUAUUGACUCCAGUGCUUCUUGAGAAGCAGUGGAUGUAAUCAGCACAGUAAUGCUGUGUGUGAUGAUGACUCAUGACACCAUAUUUGAAGGUCUUAAGGAAACAGUAUAUCUAGUGGCUAUCUGUUUGCCAGCCACUAGCAGCAUGUUUUGUGCAAAAUAUAAAUAUUGCUUCUUCUCUGAAAUGGCAUUGUUUUACAUUUCCAAAGAAAAGAGGCACAAUCUAUGUACCAGAAACACUGCAUUGAGAUAUAGUAGUUUUGUCCCUUUACUUGAAGCAGGGCAUUAAGAAAAGAAAAGAAAAGGGCAGCUUCCACUACAGGACUAAAGAUAUAUGCACAUGUUAAUGUUUUUUCGGAUGGGAUAUUGGAAAGUGGCCAUUGUUACUUAUGUGUAGGUGAUGGAUUAAUUAUUGAUCUGGCAGAUACAGGCUGACCAAUUGCCAGGCCUGCUGUGGCUCAACUCUUCUUUAACCCCUUCUAUGUUAAGUGCGCUUGCAGACCACUCAGUGUUAAAUACUUAUUGUGAGAUUAAUGCAAUGUUAUGUUCUUUGCUAAUUAUCAUUUGCCAUGAUGUUCUCUACUAAUUAUCUCUGGUAAAUGUAUCUUCCUUGCAGGCAGGACACUCCGAUAUCAGACUCUGGCCGCUGGGUAUGGCUGGAUGAAGCUCAGUCUCUGACAGAGGAGACAUUCAGAAUUGAUAAGAAAGCUGACCCUGCGAAUUGGGAAUAUAAAUCGCUUUACCGAGGAGACAUAGCAAGGUGAGGAGUCUGCACUAAACCUUGAAAGACAAUCAAAGUAACUCAGGCUAGUCUGCUCCUAAAAUAACAUGAAUUUUCUUUUUAAAGGAACCCUCUUACAAACAACAAUAUUUACAUUUGGCAAUAUUUUUGCAUCCAAAGCACUUAAUUAAGAUGCAGUAGUUUUAUUACUUGGAGUGUAAAUUUAAUAUAGCGACACCAAAUUCCACAACUUUUCUAAAGCUACCCUACCCUUCCCUUUUGUGUCACUAUACCCCGUUCCCUCAAUCCCUCUGUUCCUGUGUGUCCAACUUGUCUUGUUAUAGAUACGUGUUUGUUAGUCCACCCAUUGUACAGCGCUGCAGAAUUUAAUAAUAAUAAUAAUAAUAAUAAUAAAGCAAAGAGUCAUACAAGAUAUAUUUUGAUUGGAAAACCAAAAAUCUAUAGUGGAAAUGAAGUCAUGGCCAGAAAUCCAAUGUCAAACAGAAAUGUCACAGUGUUUCAGAGAUACCUGAAUAAAUUCAUGGCUCAGUUUGCACGUGACGUGACUGCAGCAAAAAAAAUUGUAGACUAUCAUUACUUUUCCUGUUGAGGUUGAUGAAUAACUCUUUAAAGUUUCAGGACAGGUUCACUUCCAGUGUACGGUUUCUUUAGCAAUAAAUAUAUGAGAUAGAUUUAAAAAAAUGGACAUCGAUUCAAUACUUACCCCACUCGUAUUGAGAGCACUACCACAAUGUAAGAUGUGUGGAUGUUACACUUGCUGUAACACCCACCCUCAAUUCAAUCCUACCUCAAGCACAAGUCCUGUACAGUUGGCCCUGUUUGCGAAGCAGUUCUGUGACUCCCAGUGCAAGGAACAUCUCCCAGUGCAAGGAACAUCUACAUCUACUCACUGUGAUUUUCACAGUGAGAGCACGCAAGCGUCCAUAGGAAAGCAUUAUGAAUGCUUUCCUAUGUGACCGGCUGAAUGUGCGCGCAGCUCUUGCCGCGCAUGCGCAUUCAGCCGACGGGGAGGAGAGAAGGAGGAUCGGAGGAGGAGAGCUCCCCACCCAGCGCUGGAAAAAGGUAAGUUUUUACCCCUUUCCCCCUUCCAGAGCCGGGCGGGAGGGGGACCCUGAGGGUGGGGGCACCCUCAGGGCACUAUAGUGCCAGGAAAACUAGUAUGUUUUCCUGGCACUAUAGUGGUCCUUUAAGUGCACAAAUAUAAUCUUCACAACCACAAUCUACGUCAGCCAAUUUUCGUCAUAUAUGCUGUGCCAUUGAACUGUAUACCAAAAAUUGACUGUUCAAACUUUAUAAAAUCUGUGGUACAGACUGCCUAAUGAAACUUAGUGUUAUUUAAAGUUAAGUUAAAGUUAUGUUUUGCCCCUGUUUCCUGUAAGAUACAGUUUGAUUCUCCCCAAAUGUUGCCUGCUAAAUUCAGCCUGUGCAGUAGUUUACCAGAAUGAAACCACCAGGCAGCUCCGACAGAAUUUCAUUAAACGCAAUAUAAAGAAUCAUCUUAAAUGUUGUCUGUAUUUUUAUGUAUCUUCUUUUUAAUAUCAUAAAAGACCUAGCAUUUACUAAAUGGUUCUCUUAGAGAAAGGAAACACUUGAUUUGAUUUAAUGAAUUAUGCAAACGAUCAGCAGCUUGGCUGUAUAUCACAGAGUUUUAAUACUGAUGGACUAUUUCAAUAAGCAGAUUGUGUGCUCAGGUCUAAUUUGACCUAUUAUCUUGAAAUCUCAGUAAUUUUAUUUGUAUUAGUGUUCAUUUUAUUCUGCUGCUUAUGACAGAACGUGCACUACCAGCUGUUUUAAAGCAGCACUGUCACCGUUGGCGGAGGAAUAAUACAGACACAAAGUAUUUGUUUUCCCGGUUCCCAGUUUAGAUGUGUCUAAGGUACUCUUGCCUUAGCCAUACCACUUCAUACCAGCAAUGGGUGUCUUUAACACUUUGUUGAUUGUUAAACCAUUUGAAAGCGUUUCAGCACUAAACAGAAUGACAAUGCCAGAGGCUCCAACUUAAGUGGCUAGAGUGCCCUUGAAAUGUAAUUUCUAACCAACUGGUUUGUUCUGUUUCCAGAUACCGGCGUAGAGGAAAUUCCUGCCUAGGGAUCAAUCCCAGGAAGCAACAGAUUAUCUGGGAUAAUUCAUCUUCUAAUAAGGCGAAAGUGCACAAGAAAACUGAACGCUACUAUACCAAAAAUGCAGUGCGCCACUUCCAGUGCGAAGGGGAACAUGUUGGGUGCAUUAGGAAUAAUACGUCCCCAGAAAUGGCUGGUUUUAUACCUAUGGAACCCACAGGCCAGGCUGUUUCAACUAGCUCCAGUAUUCCUACCAGCUGGGUAAAUCCACUUGGUGUAUAUGAUGCCUCUACUGCUUUGUGGUUGGAAGGCAAAGGUGGUCUGAAAACUGAUGAGCCUCAGCUGGCGCCUAGAGACACGGGUGUUCUCACGAAAAUCGAGGAUUAUAAUAGAAAGAUACGAGAAACCCCUGGGGAUAUCCAGACAUGGAUGGAGUUUGUCUCUUUUCAGGUGGAGUGGACACAGUGUUUUCAUUUUUAGGUGGUUGUUGUUGUUUAAUAACAGUGCUAGAUGUGUUGAGAAGGUAAUCAUGAUAGUUUAGUUCAUUGACAGCUAGAGAACGGCUGUAGGCUUUAGGAGGCUCUACUACAAUCAUGCAACCUUCUGCAUUCCAGAUGUUGUGGACUACAUCUCCCAUAAGGCUCUUACAGCCUUAUUGCUGGCAAAUCAUCAAAGAGGAUGUAGUCCAGAACAUCUGGAGUGCCAAAAGUUGCCUGCUCCUAUUUUUUGCUAUAAUGAAGUCUAUUUACUGAUUUGCCCUUUAGAAUAGCCUUAUACACAGAGCAUUUGUGAACUCCUUUAUGGUGUUACACUUGUAGACAUCCCCCGCAUUCUUCAGUUCCUUCGCUGUGAUAGUUUUAGGCACAUACCAAGCUUUCUGGAAGACUAUUCAAGGGAUCUACAACCGUUUCUGUAGUGUAGCCACUCUUUAGUCAUCUACCCCUACCAUCAUUAACUUGAUAAAAAUUAAAUAUGGGAAAAGUCAUUUGUCUGACAUUUGUCAGGUGGCAAUACAUAUCUGUUAUUAAGGAGCCCUCUCACCUUCUACACCAUAAGUUCCAUGUAAACCGACAUUAUUUAUAGGUGUUAAAAUAUCAGGUGUUGCCUACAUUAAAAUAUGUUAAUAGAAUACUCCAAGCACCAUAAUCACUGCAGCAUAUAGUAGAACCUAUUGGACAUGCUGAAGGUUUUAAAGAGAUAUUGCAAUGUUUUGUAAGAUUUGUUAGGUCCUCUAUUACAUACACUUGAUUUUAGAAUACUGAUGGUACAGGUUUAUAUCCUGCAGGAUCAGACCCCUCAUACACAUUGAGUGUUUUCAUUUUUAGGUUGUUGUUGUUUCAUAACUGUGCUAGAUGUGUUGCGAAGGCAGUAAUGAUAGUUUAGUUCAUUGGCCAUUGGAGAACGGCUGUCGGGCUUUAGGAGGCUCUACUACAAUCAUGCAACCUUCAGCAAUCCAGAUGUUGUGGACUACAUCUCCCAUAAGGCAUUUACAGCCUUAUUGCUGGCAAAGCAUCAGGGGAGAUAUAGUCCAGAACAUCUGGAUUGCCAAUUAUUACCUACUCCUGACCUAGGCAGUAAAUUCAAGAAAGCAAAAUCUAAAGGUGGUACGGUAGAUAAUGCAAUUAAAAGGCUAUUUUUAUUGAGCUGGAGGAAAAACCACAUAAUCAACAUAACGUUUUGGCCGUAGCUGUAGUCAUGUAUACGACCGAAACGUUGUAUUGAUUUGUGGUUUUCCACAUUCUCUUGCUCAAUAAAAAUAGUCUUUUAAUUGCAUCAUUUACCGUGUUGCCCUCUGGUUUUGCUUUUCCGGGUUUACUAUUGGGUCAUUUGCGGCGACUCCUUAUUCAGUGAUGCACCAGAGAACAUUCAUGUUGAGACCAGAGAACCGAUGGAUCCUAUUUCCAGAGUUCACUCUUACUGUGAUUUCUUCAGCAAUAGUCACUUUGUGUCUUUAAAUAAGGAAGCCCCUAUGUUACCCAACUGCAAUGUAGGACAGACAUUAUCCCCUACACAACGCAGCUGCAGGUCACCUUGUUCUACAACUUCUGUACCUACAGUUUCUCCUAAUACAUUGGAAGCAUCUGCAACAGGUUUAACCCUAUGACCAGAUUUCCUGCAUGUCUGUCUGUGUACAGCACCUACUGCAGUAUAAUUUUCUGCAUCCCGCAAUUUCCACCGACUUGCACUUAUUUAUGUUUCUUUGCAUUGCUAUCCCAUGCUAUCCCUGCUGGCAAAAUGCCAGCAGGGAAAAAGUGAAACAGGGCAUGUGAGGUACAUGAAAUUAUACAUUAGCGAUAUCUGUGCUGGAAUGAGGGCGUAUAUUUUUCCUGUGUAUAUGUGCAUGGCUUUCUUGAAUUUACAUUUCUCUUCCUGUCCCCUGAAGGAUGAACUAAUUAGACACCCGAGCAUGUAUUCCACCAGCGAGGGAGAGUUGGGUAGUCACCGCAUGUCAGUAAAGCUAAUUCUGGAGAAGAAGUUAUCCAUCCUAGAACGAGCAAUCGAGAGCAACCCAGGCAGUACGGAGCUGAAGCUUGCCAGGCUCAAACUGUGCGAGGAGUUUUGGGAAGCGCCAGCUCUGCAGAAGGAAUGGAAAAAGCUUGUUUUCCUGCACCCUAAUGACCCACAGCUUUGGCAGAAAUACCUUCUGUUCUCCCAAAGCCAGUUCAGUUCCUUCUCGGUAUCCAAGGUGAAUGGCAUCUAUGGAAAGUGCAUCAGCACCUUGGCUGCAGUGCAAGAUGGCUGCAUGCAUUCUCACCCGGCCUUGGCAGAAACGGAGCGCAGCAUGUACGGUACGUAUUGCUGUAUGGGAAGAGGGGCAAGGAGUAUGAUGGCAAGGAUAAACUAGGUCAGUAGAAGAUAUAACUGUUCCAAGGACAAUAUAAUUAAGACCGCUUUAUCUGUUUGUUUUCCAUCAGAGAUUUAACGGGUGCAUAAACAAGGCUAGUUUAAGUAAUACUAUUCAAUAUUAACCUUUCUGUUUGCAAUAUACCUGUUAUAGAAAUAUGUGUGUGUGUAUGUAUGUAUAUGUGUGUGUGUGUGUGUGUGUGUGUAUAUAUAUAUAUAUAUAUAUAUAUAUAUAUAUAUAUAUAUAUAUAUAUAUAUAUAUAUAUAUAUAUAUAUAUAUAUAUUUAGUAGAAAAACAGAUAGUUUCUUAUCACUUUUUAUUGAUAACAGAAUUUUUCGAGAACCUCCCUUUCUCAAGUCUGAGAAAGUCUGAAGCAAAUGCUUCAGACUUGAGAAAGGGAGGUUCUCCCGAAAGCUUGUCAUUAAAAAAUUCUGUUAGUCCAAUAAAAAAGGUAUUACAAGAUAAGAAUUUUAUCUGUUUUUUUACAUCUACAUCACUGGACUAAUACGGCUACAAUCUCUACUUGAACACUUUAUAAAUUUUAUAUAUUUAUAAAUUUAUAAUCAGCUUCUCUGUGGUCCAAGAAGUGGCUUAGAUUCCAGUGUAUUUUUUUUAUUUAUUUUUUUUGGAAAAUCUUUAUUUUAGUAUUUUGCAUCAAAUACGAAUAUUUAGAAACAAGUAGGAAAAACAAGUUAGGAGUAGCAUAGUAACACCUAGAGCAGUAAUACUAUUCCGGAUAUAAAGUAGCCACACACAGUAGUCUAGUACUGAAAUUACUUUUGUGUCCGGAAGAUAAUUCUCUAGUCUGAGGACCGUCUGCGCCUCUACAAGAGAAAGUAUGGAAAGGGGUGGAUGGAGUGGCAAAGAAGAGAAGUAGAAUGAGAAUGGUGUGAGAGGACAAGAAGAAAGAAACAAAAAGGGGAAUAGAAACUUCCAAGUCAACUCUCUCCUGCACUUAGGACAGCUUAGAUUAUUGUUUUCAUUAUUCUCAAAAUGGCCAAUAUAUACAUAAUUAAAAUGGGAGAUGAAUUCUGUCUUCCUCCUACCCUCUGUGGCUUUUUCAUUUCUCCUUCUGUAACAGGAGCAGGAGGAAUCGCCUUCGGCUUGAGAACUUGUCCCGUUAAUGGUGUUCACAACGUUUUGAGCACCAGAAAACCCCACAGCAGUGUUUGUCCCUAAGCAGGAGUAUGUUCUUAGCAGGCACACGUUCAGCAGGAUCACUCUAGACAAGUAGCAGCUCUUUCUUAUUUCCAACUGAUGCUACAAAGUACCUAGUAUUCUUGAAAUACAUACAAUUUUAAUGACCUGGUCACAGGGCUUAUAUAUAUAUAUAUAUAUAUAUAAUGUGUUUAUACAAUGUGAGUCAAACAAUAAUAAAGGACCAUGGGUCUGAUGGGUGACUUAAGUGGUGUCCAUGAAGGCAGAUGUUGACUGGUCUGAAAGUCCUACCCUAGAACAACAGAUGCACGCACAGAUGCCAGCACAGUGAAAAGAUGUGGAAAUGGAAUCUACACAUAGCAGAAUAUUCCAAGAACUUUAAACCCCUCCUCACAAGUAGUCACAGGAUCUCUGUGUCAGGGCCACACAAGACAGCUCAAGUACACCUUCGUUACACUGCGCGUCUGACCCUAUACAUCUACGUUUGUUUCCAAGCUCUACCAUUCUUAUUUGCAGUGCUCUUCCCCUUCAGUCCCCUGACAGUGGGUCUUGAUCCGUUGGAUUGCACUUGGCUGUCCUCUGAAUUUAUAGAUAAUGUGCACCAGCCAAUUAGUAUAGUCUCCAAUAGUCUUUAAAUGUAUUCAGUGUGUUCUCAAGAGUUUAGGACACUUUCUAAGUUGCCAGAGUUCAAGAUCUUUAGUAGGAUUGAACAAGUGCAAGGGCAGUACCAGAUAGUUAAUUUCAAUUACAUAAUCUAAACUUAAUUGCUUAAAUUAAAGGCACCCAGGCAGUUUCAUCUCAUAGAAGUGGUCUGGAUGCCAUGUCAUCUUUGUUUUAAUGGGAAACUAUAGUGCUAGGGAUACAAAGUUGUAUUCUUAACACGAUUGUGCCCCCUCCCUCGUGGCCCCCUGCAGCAUUGUCAGGGUUAAAAACCUUUUGUCAGGGAGCAGGGCCUGACUAUCAUGGUGGCCAGAAGUGUCCUGAGAGAGCUCCCUAACUAUUCUGUUAUAAAGCACAUUAUGCUAGAUCAUCAAGCUCGCUUAGGGACAAAACUUGAGCAUUAUCAAAUCCCCGACUUAGGGGACACAUCUUGUUGCAGUCUGCACACCGGUUAGAACCUACUUUCACCAUACCGAACCAUACGGCCUAGUGCGCACUGGGCUGGAGAGACGGACCAUCUUAAUGCACAGUGGUGUCCAGCAACAGCUUUCAAAGACAAGGGUCCCGUUACACCCCCCCGACCAGUGAGCGUUAUUCCGGUCCACCCUUGCCCAAACAAAUACACAGGGAAUGGUGAGAUGAGAUGUUGGCACAAUUAGUGACUCACCCAUCAUGGCGGACACGGCGUGAUCCCUCAGUUCCAGCGCAGACGAACCUGAUGCUCACACCAGACUGCAACAAAUCUUCAACGAUUUUUGACACAAACUGGAGCAGAGGAUGCUACACUGUGGCCCAAUACAAGCGAGGAGCUACCUACCCCAAAUGCCAUAGCCAUGUCCCCAUCAGUUGCCCUCAGUCCACGCAGUGGGAAAGACCCCAAACUGGUGGAGAAACAAGUGCCGUCCUCAGCUUCAGUGCAAAACGAAUCGAAAAAGGAGCCCUUGCGGACCAAGCUAGAAUCCCAAGGAAUUUCAGGGAUGCUGAACCUUCUGAACGCCUAGACCCCACUUGUCUCCUUAUGGGCUUAUGGUUGCGGGAGUGUUUCCGAUCAAAAGAGGGUAUCGGUUGAAGUGGCCACCAAGAUGGGGCCCACACGCAGUUCCUGAUCAUUCAAGUACUGCAAGUGUUUGUGCUUUUUCUUUUAUCUAUAUCCGUAUACAGCAUUUCCUUUUCGGUGCUAUUUUGCUUUACCUAUUGUUUUCCUCUCAUGCCAUACUGUCUGGGAGCCUCUUAGGGAAAAUUUUCCUGUUAAGCUACUAGAUGAAAACCUGUAAUUAUUUUUAGUUUCAAAAAAAUGUGCAGCUUAUCUUGAUGCGCUGGUUCUUUAUUAAUAUUAAAAUUAAAUUAAAAAAGUGCAGUAACCUCAACAAUUUAUGAUAUAUCUGUGCCUAUUGUUUGUCCUCUGACCAAUGUCUUCUAUAGUUUGUAAUGCUGUGCACCACAAAAAAAAAAAAAAAAAAUAUAUAUAUAUAUAUAUAUAUAACUUUUUUUGUCACGUACCUGAUUCCAGCGCCGAUGUCCAUUGGUACUUGGUCAGGCUCCGUCUCUGCUCCUCCUCUACUGACAAAUAUAUAUUUAAUAGAUAAAAAAUCUACAAAUCAAUCAUAACAAUAAAUAAAAAAGAAAACAUAUAUAUAAGAGCAUGACUGAAUUGAUCUGUUGCUGUACUUGACAAAAUAAAAUAUUGAUCCACCAGGAUGGAGCAGUAAGAAAAAGGGAACUAAUAAAGUCUGAGUCCAUGUGGAUUUUCAAGCUAAAUACUAUGAUACCUAACGGCUUGAAUGAAGAGCUAGAUCUAUUCUAAAUAUAUUUUUUAUUUUUGUUUUGUUUUAUGUUAUAAUACACUUUAUGAUAGUGUCUGCAUUUUUAUGUUAUUUUGGGGUUUACUUUGUAUAUGUUUUUAAUAUAAAACAUUCUGUGUUUUUUCUUUCUAAUUUUUAAUAUUUAUUAUUUCUUAUUAUUAUUUUUCAGUUUUACAUAUUCAUUUUUUAUGGUGGUCUAACUAAAAUUAUAUACAUUAUUAUGGAAUAAAAAGUUUUUCUUUUAACAUGUUAUUGUUGUUGAUGAAAGUUUUUUAUGGAUCCAGUCCAGGGUUUACCUUUCAUUUAUGUCAAUUAGGUCAUGCCUGGGCUAUUUAAUCUUUGAUCUGUGGCAAUUACUUUGUCUUGAGAAAGUCCCGUGGGCGGGACGAAACGCGUCGACGAGUCACAGCUGAUUACGUGACGUUCUGCUCUGUUGCUGUGGGGAGCUGUAGUGUUUGCCGGUGUCUGUCGGGAGUUGGUCUCUCACACCGCGGUCUUUUUUGAAGACACCGACCGCGGUGUAAUACGCUAUAUUCAGUUUGUGGGUGAGUCUCUGUCCCACUGGUGGAUUGUGUUUCAUCUGCUUUCCAUCUACACCGCGGUCUUUUUUGAAGAUCCCGACCGCGGUGCAACAUCUAUUUGUCCUCUAUCGACGGAUCCCUGUCUUUUGGCCACUACUAUCUCCCUUGAUUUGUACCUCGGUGGGGGCCCCCACCGAGGCAAGGUACUUUUAUCUUGUUUAUUUGUUGCUUAAUUCAUUUGUAUUUUUUUGUUAGCUUUUGUUAUCCCUCCAGAUACUUUGUUUUUACACAUUGUAGCCUUAGUAUCUGUCAGGUGCUUACUCUGGCUUCAUUAUUUGUCAGGAUUUGCUCAUUCAUGAAUAUUUUAUUUUGUCAAGUACAGCAACAGAUCAAUUCAGUCAUGCUCUUAUAUAUAUGUUUUCUUUUUUAUUUAUUGUUAUGAUUGAUUUGUAGAUUUUUUAUCUAUUAAAUAUAUAUUUGUACUUUAAGUGUUACUUUAAUAUUUUCAGGAGCGCACAUAUUUUUCCAAACUUUUUGAGCUUACACUCAUUUUAGGUCGCUUGUAGUUAUAUGUUGUAGCCCAUUUAAUUGUUUAAUAUUAAUUACACCUUUUCAUCAGCCUCCUCUACUGACAUCAAGGGGGACCUAAUGUGCAUGCGCAUUGAGACACCAUCUGAUUGGUGCAGAGCGGCAUUAUGCUGCGCAUGCACCCUAGACUCCCAAUGCUUUCCUGCCACUAGAGGCACAUGGGCCGAAAUAGCAGUUAAACUCUGCUAUUUUAAUCAGAUGGUCUCAUAGAGACCAUUUGAUUGACGCACACAUUUUGUUGCGCAUACGCAGUAGCCUCUCUAUGCUUUCCAUUAGGGAAAGUAUUGCAUUGGUUGAGAUCAUCAGUCUCGAUGAUGUCAGCCAAGGAGGCAAAGCUUGCCCGCAGAAACCAGCGCUGCAAGGGAGAAAUUGUAAGUAAAUUACUUACUCCCUUCAGGUGUGGGCUAAAUGGUCCUUUAAAAGUUGUUCUCUAAAAGGGUUACUGUAACCCUAUAUUGUAUUUUUUGCUUUAUAUUGCCAUUUUGGGCACUACUAUACUUGUCCACCCCUUCUAUGUUCAAAGCUUUGAAAUAAAACUAAAAUAAAGCUUAAUUUGAAUCCAGUGUCGGGCGUGGUUUCUCCACAUUUGUUUUAUCUCUAACGUCGUGCCUCGUUACCUCACGGUCCAAUCAAGUAGAGUGCAUAAAGGAAGUCUCUUGUGAGCAUAGUGUAUGCUGAUAACACAAAAUUGUUUUUUUUUAUUCUUUAUUUUUGAUAGUGCUUAGCAUAAUAAAUAGUUAGAUAAUGACAUUCCACAAGAGUAUAAGUAUCAACAUUGCAUAGGCGGAAAGUUGUUAGGAAAUUUCUGCAUUCAGCACAUUUUAUAAUAUGUGAGAGCCAGGUUUAGGAAAGAAUACAUGUCGGCAGAAAUUGUAGGAGAAAACUUCAGGAUGUAUAAAAUGACACGAGGAUGAGCUAUUAUUACCACUGGGUUGGGAAACAAGUAAUAAGGAAAAGAAAACAUCAGUUUGUGCAGAAAGUCUGGUCGCUCAACCGAUGCCCUCAGAUGGGAGGCUAAGGAUAUUGGGAGUUAAGAGUUCAAUGUGGCAUGGGGAGGCCUCCCGCAUCUCCAGGCAUGAUGGGAACCCGCUGUUUGGACCACCAUGAUGUGCACUGCAGGCCUUGCCAAGCGGGAAUCCACUGACAGCGCAGCUUACACAGGAUUAUUUGGCAUCCUCUCGAGAUCUGUGUGGGGCGCCAUGGUAGGUGUGCUGUGUGCGUGUCCGUUGCGGCCCUCGAGCUCUUCUCACCUCCACUCUGUGUUUAUGUUGUGGUCUCCUGCGCCUCUUUCUCAGUCAUCCAGCUUGGCCGCAUGAGCAAUGCCUGGCCACAUGGCGUCGGGCCACUGGCUGGCUCCCAGAUGCACUGCUUUGGCUGAUGGGAGUAGGGGUGGGUAUCUGAGCCCUCAGCUUUGCCCAGAAUUGGGCACAAAGCCUGUCAAAGGCCUGGAGUAGCACGUUAACGUGGAUGAGCAGCCCUGGGUAGAGACCCAAAUCUGUGACCUAGUCACGGUGGCCAUCUUAAAUCCAUCGGCCUCAGCUUUCUACAAUACUGUAUUACGCUGUUUGCAGUAAUUCACUACAAGAGGGUACCAGUGGGGACCGGUAUAACCCCCACCGGUCCAGGGAGGGGAGAGGGGGGGAGGGGAACAUGGCUAUUAAUCCGAUGCUUUCCAGACCCGGGCAGUGGAUCGGCUGCCUCCUCCACCUCGCGUGCUCCUGAAGGAUGCAGAGGGAGACUUACAUGGGCUAUGCACGUCAGAAUCAAGCACUGUCAGGCUCAACUUAUGCCAAAGUUCCUCACUGUGAGGGUAAACCGAUUUGUGCCAACGGUCUGAUAGCAUAGUUCAGAUUUUAGGCUUUGUAUGAGGAUUUCCCUCAGGAGCUCCAGCAACUUGCGGCCAUCUUGGACAGCGAUCAGGCCCCGCCCCCAACAGACAUAAUUUUUACUCAAAAUUAAAGUUAAAUGUGCCAGGGGUGCAACUAGCCAUGGCACAAAACUGUAAAUAUCUCUAUAUUCCAGCGUUACACAUACAGAUUCUUAUCACCGUGACCACUUCUCAAAGCUGAAGUGGCCAUGGACAUUGGAGUUGCCCUUAAAAAAAAAAAAAAAAAAAGAGAGAGAGAGAGAGAGAGAGGGAGGGAGGAAGUAAAAUGUGACAGCUAGUGUUUUGCAAAGGCAACUGUUUUCAUUUUUUAUUUUCCAAACCCACUUACCAUAUAUACUCAAGUAUAAGUCUAGUUUUUCAGCACAUUAUUUGUGCUGAAAAACCCCCACUCGACUUAUACUCGAGUCAGUGUCUGUAUUAUGGCAACUUACAUUGCCAUAAUACAGACCUGGACCGCUGGGCUCAUUACAAGCCCGGCAGUCCUGUUGGGGGCUGGCAGAGAGCUGUUAUUUACCUUUCCUGCAGCUCCUGUCAGCUCCCUUCUCCUGUGCUCCAGUCAGCUCCCUUCUCCUGCGCUCCGGUCAGCUCCCUUCUCCUCCACUGUAAGUCUCACGGUGUGACUGCCGCGGGGGCUCUCGCGAGACUUAUAGUGGAGCUGACCGGACUGAAGGAGAAGGGAGCUGACAGGAGCUGCAGGAAAGGUAAGUAACAGCUCUCUGCCAGCCCCCCUCUUACACAGCCCAUGCACUGGACCACCAGGGAAUGAGAGCCCCCCUCUCUGGCCAGCUAACAAACAGGGAGGGGGGACGAAAAUAAAAAUUAAAUAAUCCAAAAAAAAAAAAUAUUUCAAUAAAAAAAAAAAUGUAAUAUUAAAAUUUAAAAAGUAAAUAAUAAAAUAAAAAAAAUACUAAAAUAAACAAAUUAAAAUAUUAAAAUUAAAAAAAUUACAAAUAAAAAUGCCCUCCCCCACCCAGUUCACACACAAACACACUCAUACAAACACACACUCUGCAUUGUAUACACACACACUGCAUUAUAUACACACUCAUGCAAACACACACUCUGCAUUAUAUACACACACACUCUGCAUUCACACAAACACACACACUCUGCAUUAUAUAAUGCAGUGUGUGUGUUUGUAUGAGUGUGUGUAUAAUGCAGAUUGUAUGUAUGAGUGUGUGUGUAAUGCAGAGUGUGUGUUUGUAUGAGUGUGUGUAUAAUGCAGAGUGUGUGUAUAAUGCAGUGUGUGUGUAUAAUGCAGAGUGUGUGUUUGUAUGAGUGUGUGUAUAAUGCAGAGUGUGUGUUUGUAUGAGUGUGUGUAUAAUGCAGAGUGUGUGUUUGUAUGAGUGUGUGUGUGUAUAAUGCAGAGUGUGUGUUUGUAUGAGUGUGUGUGUGUAUAAUGCAGAGUGUUUGUAUGAGUGUGUGUGUGUGUAUAAUGCAGAGUGUGUGUGUAUAACGCAGAGUGUCUGUAUGAGUGUGUAUGAGUGUGUGUGUGUGUGUAAUGCAGUGUGUGUAUGUGUGUGUGUAUAAUGCAGUGUGUAUGUGUGUGUGUGUGUGUAUAAUGCAGUGUGUAUGAGUGUGUGUAUGAGUGUGUGUGUGUGUAUAAUGCAGUGUGUAUGAGUGUGUGUGUAUAUAAUUAUAAAAAUCACAGAAUUUCAUAGCCCCAAGUUUUACCCUCGACUUAUCCAAGAGGCAUAGCAUAUUUCACAAUUGUUGGUCACAAAACUGCACUCGACUUAUACAUGAGAUCGACUUAUACACGAGUAUAUACGGUACAUAUUGAGGUGGCAAGACAUUUAUGUCUGACCUCUUAUAGGGACUCAAAAUUGAUAGUCUGUCAUUAAACCACUUUAAAAUGUACUCACUGCACCAUUGUAUAUUGUUUUUAUUAAAAUUUUUUAUAACCUUUCAGUAUCAGGAGUCAGCAUGUAUAAUUGCAUGAGGUUUGAGUGUGUGUGAAUGCAGAGGAGUGUUUGCAUGUAGUUUAGAGUGAAUGUGUAGGAAUAGUUUAGUACUGUGUAUAUGUUAAUUGAAUUUUGUGUGUAUGUAUUGGGUGCAUUUUUGUAAGCAGUGGGGUUUUAAUAUUUGUUAAGAGUGUGACUAUAUAAGGUAAGGGGGAAAUAUCAGUGUAUGUGAUUGUAGGGAUGUACAUGAGUGGAAGGCCAGUGUGUAUGAGGGCACGGAUGUGUUUGUGUCAGAAGUUAGGGGGAUGCAGGGGAUGGAUUUGUGUGGAUGGUAGGGUGAGUAAGUGUAAAUAAAGGGAUUGAAUCGGAGUUGGACAUGUAAACACAGGAGUGUAUUUGUGCACAGGGUCAGUACAUGCCGAUAGGAGCUCGUUUGUGUGCUGGGUCAGUUCAAUGUUAAUGUGGGGAGUUAUUUGUGGAGUCAGUGCAUGUUCGUAGAGGUGGGUAUUUGUGCACAGAGUCAGUGCAUGUUAAUAAAAGGGUGUAGGGUCAGUGCAUUUUUUAAAAUAAAAAUAUGUGCAGGGUCAGUGGAUGUUAGUAGAGUGGGUGUAUAUAUAUGCAUGAUCAGUGCAUGUUAUUAGGGGGGAUAUAUAUGUGCAGGGUCAGUGCAUGUUAAUAGAGGGGGAAUAUAUGUUCAGGGUCAGUGCAUGUUAAUAGAGUGGGGUUAUGUACAUGCAGGGUCAGCGCAUGUUAGUAGAGGGGGGUAUUUGUUUACAAGGUCUUACUGAACUUUCACUCUACAAUGGAAACUGUUGUAGCCUUCCUAAUUACAUGUUUAUGCUUCAGUAAAAUGUAGAAAAUCUGGUUUGUGAGUUCUAUGACCCUAUAUGCCUGUUUAAUCCCGUGGAGCCCCAAAUAAUUGUAGACUGUAUUGUAUUCCAUAAAGAAUUGAUUUUAAUGUUGAUAGCAUGCACUGAACAAUUUACAGUUAUUGUGAACAAAACUGUUCUAAUUGCUUUAAUGUAGCACUCAUGUAUAAUAAUGAUAAUUAUGACUGACUCUGUUUCCCUUUUAUAAAGUACAGCAUUAGUAAGUAGCAGAAGCAGACCAAUGUUUGUUUGUUUUUUAACUUCCAUUUAAAGGGACACUCCAGUGUUGUAAAUCAAUUAAAUUUUCAAGGUAUUGGUGGUUGUAAUAUAGUGAAGUAUAAUUAAUAUUCGUAUGCAAUGACUUUCUGUCAAUUGUAAGCAUUAUUUUAUUUCUUCCCCCCAGAUGUGUUUAUCCAGCAGUGCCAUUUCUUGCGGCAGGCAGGCCAUACGGAAAAAUCGGUGUCCUUGUUUCAGGCCCUUAUUGAUUUUACCUUUUACAAACCUGACACCGUGAAGAAUAUGAACACCAAGGAACAGGUGUGUUUAAAAUAAAAAAAAACGCCAGUAAAAUGCUCUUAUUACAAAGAUGAAGAGCAAAUAUUCUUAUUUAGUUGUCUGGCAUUUAGUUACAGGGGCAUGGUUAGCACCCUGCAUAUGUGGCUACAAAUAACAUCAUUCAUGAGAAACCAUGAAUAAAGAUUUAAACGGAAUGCUUGAAUAAAGAACCAUUCUAAUCGAUCCUGUGAGAUUUCUGACUAGUUCUGUUCAAAAGCUACUUGGGACAGCUGAUUUACAUUUCCUGCUAAGAGUUGUCCGCUGAAAUCUGCACAACAUUAUGAGGGCCAGGAUUUGCUGAGAAAUUCCAGACACUUCAUGGUCCUAGAAUAAUAAACCGUUUCUAUUAUUAUCCACUUUGUUCUUAUGUGUAUACCUGUUCUAGACACCUUUGAAAACAGUCUGUGUUAUCAUAUGCAGUGCAUAGAUACAUAUAGAAUAGUUGUUCACAUAAUAUGGAUGAAUAUUUGCAAAAACAUAAUAUUCAGGGAUAUAAUUUUUAUGUAGGGUAACAACUUUUUGAUCGAAUGAGAGAUCUGACCAUCUGAUCGAAUGAGAGAUCUGGGGUUGAGAAGAAAUUUUCUUUUGUAGUUUGUUGCAACAUUGGAAAGUGCUUUUUUUUUUAAAAAAACUGCGUUUCUUUUACUUUUUGUGUGGUAUUUUUGCCUUCUUUUGGAUCAUCGGCAUAAACAGAUGUGAGACAGGCUGAAUUUGAUGGACGCAUGUCUCUUUUCAGCCUCUGUGAAGAUCUCUACCCAGAGUUCCUAGCUGUGCUGUAAUUACUGCAUACUGCGCAAAUGCUGAGCAGUGCUUUAUGGAACUUACUGUACAGGCAGUGGAAGGUUUUCAGUGACCGUUUAGCUUUUCACUAUUACAAAAACAGGUCUUGAUUUAAAGUUUGAAGGUGAACAAAUGAAUGCGUGUUAAAAUAUGGUUUUAAAGAAAGUGUAGUAGAUACCUGACCUUCCAGCAGAAGUAGUAGAAUCUGAUAGUCUAAUAGAGGAAAGGAAUUAAAGGGCCACUCCAAGUACCAUAACCACUGCAGCUCACGGUAGUUGUUUUGUUGCCAGGAGUGAUGUGGCACACUCCCAUUGCAAGUAACCAAACAGGUUUUGAACAGUUCGUCAUUUUACCUGGGGUCUGCCAGGGUCCGCUUCCCGCCUCCUACGAACGCCAGAAAGACAGAAGCUCCUGAGCUAAGCUUUCCACUGUAGGUCUUGAAUCAUUGGCGGAGAGAGUAAGCUGAUCAUUCGCAGUCAAUUAACUAUGCCAGCUCUCCGGCAUUGGUAGUGGAGGUGUGUAACAGUGGAUGGCAGACCACAUGUAUGAAGCCAUUCAAAAAUGGUUUGAUUUCUUAGAGAAGAAGAGGUGCCAGGGUACACCUGGCACCAUAGUCAUUGUAACAAGCUGUAGUGGUUAUGGUGCACGAAGUAUUCCUUUGAAGAACAUGUGGAAAGGGUAUUGGGUUAUCCUGAAGAAUAUAUAAGCUUUUUUUAUUAUACAAAUAUUAAAUAUACUAUUUGAUUCUUUUCUAUUGUUAUACACUGUUUGUAUCCAGAGAUUUUGAAUAUAUAUAUAAAAUUAGUUUUGUAUGUUUUUGUUUUGUUUACAUGGUAUGCCAUAUUUUGAUUUCUUUGUAUUUGGUUUCUUUGGAAGAAAGCAAUUUAGGACUUGUGCAGAAACCUGCCAAGUAAGGCAGUGAACACAUGAUUCAUUCUGAUGUAUUUUUUCACCUAGAUUGAAUUUUAUGAGCCUUUCUGGGACAGCGGGGAACCUCGUUUUGGCGAAAAAGGUGCCAAAGGCUGGUGUGCUUGGAUGAAACAACAAGAACGAGGCGGUUGGAUCACAAUCCACAACUUGGGUAAUUCUACACAGUGUAGCCUUCCGAGAGAAGACCUAUAAUUUAUCUCCCUUUUGCAGUAGACCAUUCAUCUGAUCUGUCGGUAUCCAUUAUCUGAAGGUUUAACGAUCUCUUGCAUUGCACACGAACGUGGCCUGACAGUAUAAAAAGUGGUGGCAUCUUUAAAAUGAAACUCUAUAUAUUCAAAAACACAUAUCAUAUAUAUAUUUUUUAAAUGCAUUAACUUUUACUAAAAUUUGUUUAAAUAUUUCCUAAGCUGUAAAAUAUUAACUUUUUUUGCUGCAGAAUAACUCCCCUCCCCUUAAUCAAGAAGUAUUAAGGACAAAUCUCUAGUCCAAAGCUUCUUGUGGAGAAUUAUAGUUAUAUUGAGAUUAAUAUAAAAAAUAUAUCAUACUUAUGGCUGUUUUUAAGUAUUGUUUUUUGUUUUUUUUAAUGCAUCUAUAAAAAAUGGUGACUUGCUAUUUUGGACAAAAAUUCUCAUUAGGCUCAGCAAAGCACUGGAUGACGUUGAUUAAAAGCUGUUUAUUACGUGGUUUCCUUACAUCAGAUGUGUAUUUGCAUACUCAAACAAGGAUAUUUAUCUUCUUGGACGGCUGCGUAAAUCCAUCUGUAUUGCCACUAUUAGCACUGUGCUACUGCUGGCUGUGUGACAGCCUUGGGGAGAAAUUGUGCAGCCACUCCGAUGUGUCUGGGGUUAGCAUACCGUGUGUGUUGACACCAGAAACAAGCACAAAACUAAGUGUCAGCCUGGUUUAAUUAGUCUAGUUGGCUGAUUGACUGCAUAUGGAGGGACUGUUGCACAGAAGGGUGGAAAAAAAUAUUUAUUUUUUUAUCCCUAGAAUGAAAUAAAGGCUUCAGGUGCUGAUUCUUAGCACCAUAAUCUCUUCAGCAAUUAGAAGUGGUUGUGGUGUAUAGAGUGCAAAAAGAACUAACCACUAGAGUACUGAGAACGGACAACAGCUCAAAUAGCCUGCCCUUCAGUGGGUCCUCGCUCAGAUCUCUAACUAGUUUUAGCUCAUCUUGUGCCAUUGCAAAAAAAACCCCCAAAAAACAGGUCAUUUGCAUAUCAGACUGAUGCCACCCAAAAGAGCAGAAUGGAACCAAAAUGCAGGCCAGCUCUCACUGCACAAGAGAUACGCAACCCUAGGCGAUCGUUUCAACCUUGUUAGAGUAUAGAAUGUUUCAUUGAGUUUGAACAUCUACACCUCAGGAUAUACUUGAUUUUAAAACUCUAAAUGUACUUUUCUUGGUUACAUACGUUAAUGUUUUCAUUAUUUAUCUGCAUGCACUGUUACUUUAUGUAAUGUUAAAGGGUUACUCCCUUGGCGAAUUUUUCUGGUAAGGUGUCAAACCAGUGAAUGGCCGCUGCAGAAGCUGAUGCUGCGUUCAUUCGUUGACUGAAAGUGUUACUUGAGCUCUUUCAGACAAUGAAUGAAUGAAUAAUUGUCUGUUCACAGAAUUAACUAUUCUCGUUCUGGGAUAGAUGAUAGGAGCUGGUAAAGGUGGCGUUAAAUUUCCCUUUGCUGCAAUAAAUCGGUAUGUGCAGCAAUGUUACUUAAAAGCUUCACUUUUAAGGUCUUUGCACCAUGACCACUUCACGAUAAUGCAUAUUAAUUAAAGAGAAUAAUACUUCACCGGUACUGUCCCUAGUAGUUUGAGGUUAGAUUGUAACUAUUGCUGGUUUCUCUUAUAGGAGAAGAGGAGGACGACGAAGCAGACGAGGAUUUGGAAAUAAAAGAUAAACAUUGUGCCAAAAAUAAGAUCUGGUUGGAUGUGGAAUGUUCAAGGGAAGCUAGGCAAUGGAUGCCGUGGCGACCUGACCCUGUCAAAAAGCAGACUGAGGAGGACUGUGAGGACCCAGAGAGACAGGUAAGACCAGGCACAGCUUUGUGUCUAUGCAGUAUGUACUUUAUAGAAAAAAAAUACACUUGUACCUUAAAUAAUGUGCAGAUAAGGAACACAGUCGAUGUUAUUGAAACUGGGGUUUCAUAGGAACAGUCAGUCCUAGAGAAGUCGUGACGUUCCGAGUGUGAGCAGGUGACUGGGUCAGUUAGCAAGGAUCGGUAGAUGCAAAGCUCUGUAUAAAUACUAGUGUUUUAAAUUGAUCCAUUAAUCUAAUAUGACGCCAAUAUAAAGACUGCCAGAGGGGUGAGACAUGGGAGGUGCUUAAAGUCUGGAGGAUAAGACCAUAAGUGGCGAUAGACCAUUUUACCCUUUAAUGUGAGUCCGCAGCAAUAUUAUGCUUAUGUUGUAAUAGGCUUUUUUAGGUUCACAGAAAUAAUUUCUUUAAUGGCAACAUAUAUAUAUAUAUAUGUUGCCAUUAAAGAAAUAUAUAUAUUUUUCUGAUAUGUAAAACAUGUAGCCUAACUAUCAAAACUUUUCCCUGCUGUAUCCGCUAGGUUCUCUUUGACGAUCUGGGCCCAUCCAUGUUUAAGAUCUCCAGCCCCAAACUGCAGUUCCAGCUCAUCCUGUCCUUCUUGCAGUUCCUUGGGGUCCCCUGUGGGUCUCGCCUCCCAGCACCUACCCUCUACCUCUGUCUGGAUGAACCUUCCAUCUUUGACCAAUACCCAGUAUAUGAAAGGUUACUGACCUCAUUUGAACUUCCUCUUUCUGGAGUUUGUCCCGUUGGUCACUUGGACACCAUAAGUAGAGGGAGAUGGCUGGCUGACCAUGGUAAAGAAGGAGAGGGCUUCAUUCAAAAUGUCUUCCAGGCUUCACUUUCAUGUUUCCAAGGAGAUGAGAAGAUGAGACUUUCAGUCUACUGGCUACAAUAUGAAAUUUCAAAGGUACAACAAUUUACCAAUGCCAUAUAAAUUCAUCAAGAGCUGUUACACCUCUGUUAAAGGGAACACUCAAUGUCUACCGCUCAGGUCAUGUAUUAUUAGGCUUUCUUCUGAUUUAUAGUAGUGCAUAGUCUGUCUGUUCUGUAGAAGAGGCAGCUCACUGCACAAUACUUUUUUACCUUUUUUUUUCUUCUUCAAUAUUUCAUUUUUGGAGAAUGGAGUGUUCUCUUAAUGAUAGUAAAAAUAUAAUCCUGUAACAGAAGCCAUUAAUCCAAAAAAGGCAAAUAUUUGAUCCAAAUGGGUUCACGGUACAGUGAAUAAAAAAUACAAUGGACAAGAGAGCAUGCAAAGAUAUAAACAGUAAUAUUUUUAUAAACCCAAGGCAGGUAUUGUGUAAUCCGAGAAUGCACUAAGAACAAUUGAGUAGUUACAGCCGUACUGGAUACCAAGUUGUGCAUCUUACCACAAUUUACCAUAAUGGUAUCAUAAUAUAUUUUGAGUGAGACACUGUACUGACUGAAAGUGUAUUUUUAUGCUAUUUUAGUUGAUUUUGAUAUCUUCUCUAUCUUUCGAUCUAUUUUAGGAAAAAUGUGAAAAUGUAAACUUGUGGGGAAAAUACUUUUUCCGUUUCUAGUAGACCUAUCAGGCUACUUUAGUUAUAGACUUACUUGUAAAGUGAUGAGUAAACUGGGUGGUUAUUGAGAUCACCUAUAUUAUUAAAGGUUCACUUUGGUUACCAAAACAACUUUAUCUUAAUGAAGUAGAUUAAUGUAUAGCUCAUGCCUCUGAAGUCUACUUCUCAAUUCUCUGCCAUUUAGGAGUUGUCACCUUUUCUUCUGCCCAUACAGCCCUAGUCACACCUCCCAGGGCAUGAAAAAUAUGGUUUCAUUUUCAAUUCAAUGUUAACUGACUUGCUCUAUAAACUGAACUUAACUCAUAUACAGCAGUCUCGUGCAAGGUCUAUCAAGCUAUUAACAGAGCAGGAGGUAAGAAAUUCUAAAUUAAAGCAACACUAUAGUCACCUAAACAACUUUAGCUUUAUAAAGCAGUUCUAGUGUAUAGACCAUGCCUCUCAGGUUUAACUUCACAAUUCACUGUCAUUUAGGAGUUAAAUCACUUUGUUUCUGUUUAUGCAGCCCUUGCCACACCUCCCCUGACUAUGAUUCACACAGCCUGCAUGAAAAAAAAAAAACUGGUUUCACUUUGAAUCAGAUGUAAUUUACCUUAAACAGUUGUAUCUCUUGCUCUGUAAAUUUAACUUUAUUCACAUACAGGAGGCUCUUGCAGGGUCUAGGGUUCAUAAACAAAGUGAUGUAACUCCUAAAUGGCAGAGAAUUGAGCAGUGAGGCUGCAAGGGCAUGAUCUGUACACCAAAACUGUUUCAUUAAGCUAAAGUUGUUUUGGUGACUAUAGUGUCUGUGUCGGACCCUCCUUCAAUCGAUGCUCCUAGUUCUUACCAAGGACCAUCAGCACCGCACCAGACACCAUAAGCACCGCAGAUCUCCCGAACCGCCACAGCUUGGUUGGGGUCCUCUACCCCUGGACCUACAACAAGGCUCCAGAUUCCAGUGGGUGUACCUCUCCUCCAAGAGAGAGUAGCAGGAACAAGCUCUUAAAAGAGCUUAGUGAUUAUAGCCCAGGGUAGUAUACAGAGUAUAGCAAUCCCCCUGUGUAGAUGCAGCCUUUUCCCCCACACAUGAGACCAGGCUCUAUGUUGAAGGUAAAACAGCAACUCGGCAGAUCUGAGGGUUUAUUGUCUUUUAUACAGUUUUUCCCACAAGGUUACCACCUAGGUGGACAUUGUGGAGCACAGGACACAGUCACAAAGCCAAUCAGAACAGUAUUGUACAGUUAGACACUCCCAGAUAAUGUACACAAACCCUCCCCUCUGCCUGUGAUACAAUUAACAAAGACAAUGGACUAACUCGAUUAACUCCAAGCAGAAAAACAUACAUUUUUACAAACCCAAAAAGUACCCCAAAAUACAACAUAUCCCCACAAAGUCUCAUCCCCUGAUAGCCCCGAUCUGGGUGAACAACAUAUCCAAAAAUCACCAAGAUCGAUUCAGGGGUUCAGGAAUUUCCUGGAAGUCUUAUUUUUGCCACACCGUGCACCUGGUCCCAUGCCCAAAACAGUUCCAAACAUUUGACGACAAAACACUGCUGGACAAUUAAAGAUGGCCGCCGCCACAUGUUUGAAUCUGUUCCAGUUAAAAGUCCAAGGGGCAUUGUGCCAAGUCCCAAUAUGCACAAAUAGUGUUUUUAAAAGGCAAUACACCCCAGGGGUCAUAGUCACAGGGAAAGAGGCUGGCAAGCAGGCCUCUCCAAAACCCAAUGGCGAGGUUACUUUCGUCACAGUGUCCAUUUAAAAAGACUGUGCAAUAAAGGAAGAAUAAACAUUAGAUCUCACUUUACAGGAUGUGUUUAAGAAUACUGUGCAUGUUGCAUGCAGGUAGGUGUGACUAGGGCUGUACAAACAAAGUGAUUAACGCCUAAAUAACAUACAAUUGACAGACUGCAGAGUAUGAUCAAUACACCAAAACUGCUUCAUUGAGCUAGAGUUUGUUUUACAGUAAUGCAGUAACAUUAUUAGAAAACAGAUUGGUGAAAGAGUCAGCAUUUUUACAAUUGCAGCUUUUAAAAUCUAAUUUUACUGUAUGUGUUACCUUUGGACCAACUUUAAAGGACUGAUUUAUUUUUACAGGUUGUUUGCUACCUUCAAACACAGAAAAAGAAGAAGCUGAAAUCUCAGGGCAAACGCAGCAAACGUCUAGCUAAAGCCCUACUCAAGGAAGCCUCCAGCCGGACCAGCCUGGCCCUCUGGAAGGAGUAUGCGUUACUGGAAUGGCUAUUGGGCAACACAGAUGAUGCCAGGAAGGUGUUUGAUGCAGCCAUCAGCUUAGCGGGAAAUAGGGGGUUAAAGGACCAGGAGCUCUGCAGCCUAUGCCUGCUGUACGCAGAACUGGAAGGCUGCUUAGAAAAGGGUGCGGGUAGCCGGGCAAUUUACAUCCUCACAAGCCUUACGGAAAAUACGCAGUAUAUUCCUUAUACUGAACCAGUGCAAACUACUCGUGUUUUGAAAGCUCGCAAGGUGUAUGAACAUGCUUUACAAGGCUGUGCAAGCGACCCAGCUGCCUCUGCUCUGCUCUGUAUAUCUGGCUGCUUUGCACUUUUCCAGUAUCUCACUGUGAGUCUUAAUGCUGCUUUUGCAGUGCUUGUGCAAGCCACAGACUCAUGUGCUUCACAUGAGGAAACACAAGACUUCUACAGCGCUCGGGAAGCAAUCACAUUGAUGCACACCAAUUUGCUAAGGUACCAUACCAAGGUCAGUGUGUACCCCCUAGCCCCUCUAAGAGACUCUCUCACAGCCUCCUUAAAGCUGUAUCCCACAAAUGUGUCUCUGUGGAAAACCUACAUUCAAACUGAGAACAAAUGCCACAAUGUCAGUAAGGCCAGGAGAUUUUUAGACAGCAUCAGGAGGACAACGGAUGCUCUUGAGCCUCGUCUGUUUGCUAUUAAAGCAGAAGAAGACCGAAAGAAACUGAUGGACUCUGUACAGAGGUAAAGAAUUAAACUUCUUGCUUUAUUUAUUUAUUUAUUUAAAUGUCCCAGUAAUGUGACAUAAUCUCACAGGCAGUCUUUAUCUGCCAGCUCAAUCUAUUUUCAUGUCAUCCUGUCUUGUUUAUUUGUUCACUAUCAUACAGCAUUGUGAAACAUGUUGGAGCUUUAAAAUAAUAGCAAUGUGGGAAUAGGAGGGACAAGCCUGGACUGGAACUGCAUUGAAGGGUAACUGUCCUAAUCUAAAUGUAUGUUCUUUCAGACUAGAUUUGGGGGCGAUACACUCGUUCAUCCCGGAGACUGGUUUAUCCAAUCGCAUCAAAGCCCUGUUUGAGCACGCCCUUUGCUCUGAGUAUGGCUCCAAAUGCCCCCUCCUUUGGCGCAUGUAUCUGCACUUCAUGGUAAGCAAUACGGCUAAGUUUUACCCUUUAUUUAGAAAAAGUAUCAGUCAUUUUACAGUUUCUUGUUUUUAUGUGUUGACAUAUAUAUGGUUUGCAACAAAGGACACUCUUACUGUUCCCAAAUUAUGACCACCUUGGGCCGUAAUUGCAUACGCCAUACAGAUCCUGCUUCUACUUCUAGAAUUUAUAAUCUCACUAAAGCACUUAUAUCAUCCUUCAGGUCAAUGCAUAUGUGCACAUGUUAUACAUGAAUCUGUUUACAUUAUAAAUAUUGCUGAAUGUGCUGUACAUGGUUACCCUUGCUUUCUGCUCCCACUGCUAAGCAUACAUGGAGUCCAGAUUAUAUCAUUCAAUGCAUUUGUAAAUGGGCAUACCCAGUGUUCAGCUGGAUUGUACUACAUUCAGAAUUUGUAAAAUCCUGGAGUACAUGAAGUCUGUGCAAUGCGAGAGCCCUCUGUAACUCUUUUAUGAAAGCACAGCAUGCACUACCGAAUGUCUAUAUAGGAAACCAGGUAUAACUUUACAUACAGAUAGCCUGCAAAAAUAAGAGAAAAUGAAGCGUCCAAUGGUUAUCUGAUCAUCAAGAUAUUUAAUUGUUUGCACGUCAAGGCAUUGCCUUUGAUACAAUGCUUUGCCCUUUGGUUAUAUACUAUAAAGAAAAUUGUUACAUAUGUUCCAAUUGGAUCUGAUUCAGUUUUUUUUUUUUUUUUACGUGAAGGUAUCUUUGGGCCAUCGAGAGCGUGGCAGGGGGUUGUUUUACAAGGCAAUUCAGAACUGUCCGUGGGCAAAGGUGAGAACUGAUGAAUUUAUUCAAAGAAAUAUUGUAACCAUGGUUUUUCGGUUGAUGGCAGUAUUGUUCCUUUCUUUGAUCGAUCAAAAACAUGAGUUUUGCCCCCAAUACCUUAUUAUACUUAUACCUCCUACUAAUUACAAGGUGGUCUCCCAAAGUGGAAGAUUUUGCCAAAAUGUGCGUUGUACCUUAGGUAAGUGAUAAGAUAAAUACAUAUAUCUUAUUAUAUCUUUAUGAACUUCAAUUCUUACCAACCACAUCCAAAAAUUAUAGCAUUACAGCUAGGGACAGAUGGGACUAGAAUUACUUAUAGACCUGUCCAUAUAUUUUCUUGUUCCAUGUUUUUUCUGUACCUGGAUGGAAAUUGCUAUGUAAUCUUAAAUGAAAGAAAAUGGUUAGGAGUGGCUUGGCUGUCGACUGAGCAGGUGGCGUUUUGCAGGGGCUUCUCUACUAAACUCAACCAGAAAGGCUGAAAACCUACACCAUCAUCCUUAGAUUGAGAUCCCUAUAUCUCUUGUUCUGAGGACACUAUCCCCUUAUUUUGGAAAGUGGUGUCCGGUAAUUGCUGAGGGUAUAUUUUGGACUUUUCCGGCCUGAAGCCUUCUCAGUCAAGUGAAGCGUGAGGAUGUGGCUUAUUUCCUGCUUUUUACUGAAAAGUCUGAGGGGCCUUGGGGUUAUCCUGAUCCCUACCAACUUGGAUACUCCGUUAUUUCCUGGUCCCUUUACUUUGGGCUCCUAGCUGGCUGAAAUCGCACAACCCCAAUAUGGCCACUACCCAUUCCAUAUCACAGCUACCGGUGGAGAUGAGACAAUAAAGGCGAGAAGAGUGGACACUUCAGCUCAACCCACCUGAUGCCAGCCUGGUGUUCAGCGGUGCCACAGUCCAUAGUUACCUUUCCGGGCAAGAUGCCAAAAGAGGUGCAAUCACUGAGCACAGUCCACAACCUGCAGAAGCUAUGUAUAAGGGAUUGUCUCUGGCCUUUGCUCUGUGCAAAUGAUGUGAUGUAGAUCCAAUGAUACCUCAAACUGCUUUGCAUGUGUUGGGAUUUAACCCUGCUCACACCACAUUGUAGCAAUGUAGAUUUAAAAUUCCAUUUAAUUUCCUGUAUGCAGUGCUCUUUUUGAGCCCUACAAACAGAGCAUUAGUCAUUCUGCGGCCAGUAAUUCUGGCCCCAGCUGACAAACGAUCCUUUAAGGGAAGGACAACCAUGACGGAAUAAUUCUGUCAUAUGUCGUUAAGGGGUAAAUGGCUUAGACCAGUGGCAAAUUGAGAAGGUAUUUUCAUGACUGCCGCCAUGUCUCUUGCCUUGCAGCACGGAAUAUGGUGAAGAGAUCAGCAUCCACUGAAUACUUUUUAUGUUUAUAUAUAUAUAUAUAUAUAUAUAUAUAUAUAUAUAUAUAUAUAUAUUUUUUAUGUUGGAAAGGGAAAGGGUGAUUUUGUGCUGUUCUUUUUCAGGUGCUGUAUAUGGAUGCGGUGGAGUAUUUCCCAGACAAGCUGCAGGAGAUUCUAGAUCUGAUGGCAGAGAAGGAGUUAAGAGUCAGAGUGCCAUUAGAAGAGCUGGAUCUGCUGUUGGAAGACUAA